AUGGGGUCUGCAUUUGAGGAAAGUUUAUAUCGCGCAGUAUUAGCCGAAGAUCUGGAAGCGAUAUCCCGAGCGCUUUCUAAAGGUGCUAAUCCUAAUACAAUUACUGUACAAGGUAAAACUAGUUUGGGUGAAGCUGCGAAUAGCGGAAAUAUUGAUAUUGUAAAGCUAUUAAUUAAAGCCAGCGACUCUAAACGACAUGUGCCCGUACCAUAUGUGGGGUCUCCUAAAAAGAGACAAGUGAAGUGCCAUAAGCGCAAGUUGAGACAUCAUGGGCCACAUGAUGAGACUGUUGUUAAAUGUAAAAGCAUGAAUGAUAGAAAUUUUAAAGAUUUGAAUUUGGGUCAAGAGACUAGGGUAAAAGGUAGUCAAAAAUCUGAAACCAAUCAAGGGUACUUUGUGUUUACACACAGUGAUGGGUCCAGUAGUGAUGAGAGUAAGAUUGGGAGUUUGAAAUCUCCUUUGACUCCUUCACCUUUAACACCAUCCCCACAGGAUUUAGAAUGGGAUGAAGACAUAGGAAAUGUUGCACCAACUACAAGUGAAGAUGAAUCCUGGACUUCUAUGUAUAAAUGGUAUGCUGCUAUACUGGAGUCUACAGGGGCAGCUAUUGCUUCAGCCUCAGCUAUGUUCACUGCUGGAAUUGAUCAGCAUGAUGCAUUUAUGCAUACCCCACUACAUUAUGCUGCAGAACAGGGUCAUGUUUCUGUGGUCAAAUUGUUGAUUGAAGCAGGGUGUAAAAUAGAUGCUGAAACUGGAGAUGGUGUGACAGCUUUACAUGUUGCAGUUAUCAAAAAUUAUGUUGAUAUUGUGAAGAUACUUAUAAAUUCUGGGAGCAAUGUUAACCAUAAAACCUAUGAUAGUAUGACACCUUUGCAUUUUGCAGCAUCAAGAGGUUUCUUAGAUUUGGUAAAAAUUCUAGUCAGUAAUGGUGCAAGUUUAGAAGCAAGAGAUUCUAACGAGAGGACAGCACUGUACAUAGCAGCUGGUCGUGGGCAUAUGGAUUUGAUGAAAUAUCUGAUUGAUGCUGGUGCUAAUGUAAACAGUGAAGAGAUCCAUGGAUAUACACCUCUUUGUGAAGCUGUAUGGCAAAAGUAUGCUGUGGGUGUGGAACUUUUAUUGUUAUCUGGUGCUAGAAUUACUCACUCUCAUAGGCUUUUACAUAAUGCAAUAAUUCAAAGACAGAUGGAAAUAGUAAAAAUGCUUACAGCUUACGGUGCCGGGAUAAACUUGUAUAACGACAAUGGUGAUACGCCACUGCUUUUGGCGGUACGACUAUCACAGCCUGCAAUCGCUAAAAUAUUAUUAUGUAAAGGUGCAAAUGCUAAUUUGUUAAACAGUAUAACAGGUGCUAAUGCAUUGCACAUUGCUGUUGAAAGUGUAGACUCCCCUGAAGAUUUCGAAGAAUUGUUGAAAUGUUUAAUAGACUACAAGAUUGAUUUGAAUGCAUCAGCUCUAACUGGCGACACUGCUUUAAACAGGGCUUUGUUAUUACACAAAGAUCCUGCAGCAGUUCUCCUUAUUCGAUAUGGCGCAGACGUGAAUGCGUGUGAUCUACAUGCUUGUGGUCUAGACAAUUUAUCCAUAGCAAGUAGAAGAAGGUCGAAUAGCUUAGCAUUAAUGUUAUUGAAGGCAGGUCAUUAUAUUGUGAUCCCAGAUAAAGAUACUUUAAUACCGGCAUCAGAUUAUACAAAGUGUUGGUUAUAUAAUGUUUGUAGGGAACCACUUACUCUUUCCGAUCUCUGUAGAAUUAGAAUUAGAUACUUAGGUCAAGGUACAUCAACAACAUUGUACCGCUUCAUAUCUUCCCUGCCUCUUCCAAAGAGUUUAAAAAGAUACCUUAUGAUGGAAGAUGAAGGCACGGAAUACUUUGAUUUCACUGCUUAA